GAUCGUGGACAUGUCCAAGGUGCAACUCCAGUAUGGUGGAUGUCCUUGAGGCCAUGUUGCGGAAUCACGUCAAGUGGUAUGCGACCUUUCGCCACAAUGCCACCACCGUAUCCCCCACCAAUAGAACAGCUGCAAACAUGCGUGUUCCUGACCCUGACUCUGACUGGCGCCCGCUAAUGAUUUGGCUAGCUAAGCUUUCUGGCAGGUCUCGGCGUACGCCAUGUGCAUAUUAGUGCGGGAUUCAACGUCCUGCAUGGAUCCUUAUCCUUGCUCCCGGCUUGAGAAAGGGGGGCUUGGGGGUGUGGACUUCGGCUGGUUGAGCUUACUGUAUGAGGCAAAAAGGUUACGGAGUGCUAUCAACGGACGAAAAACUGCAGACUCCAUGUCUUUUUCGGCCGAAAGCUUCUGCCAGGUUGUCGGAAAGUUGCCAGUCAAGGAGGGGGCAACACGUGGUUGUACGAGCCUCGCGAGUCAUGUCUCCACGUUCCCCCGGCGGAGAACUGGAUCUGGAUGCUUGAGCAACAGCAUUCCCCUCGAUUUGCUCCGUCGACUGCGCCGUCGAUUGCUCCGUCGACUGCUCCGUUGCCGCAACCCCGGGAUUGCUGCCGAGCGGCCCGACACGGCAAACUCGGCAGGACCUGCAGAUCCCUACUAUCUUACGGCAAAUGGUAGCCUAGGGACUUUGGGGUUCCAUAAUAUAAGACCACAAGACAUGCCACGUUUGUGGGGCUAGAUAAUCUGCGACGGUGAUUGCUCUCGUACAUUAUUCCCAACAUGGAUCAGGAUCGGUUGUGUCGGCACGUCACGUACGAGUGAGUACCUGACUAGGACUCAAGUUGGGCUAGUGCUCUUCCAUCUGCCGUUUCU